GUCAAUCUCAAAUAAAACAAAGCUACUCUGGAUUUGCUAUGCUCCCCUCGAGUAUUAUUAUUACCACACGGUUUCGUUCAUGUGUUUUAACAAAGUUUGUUUCUUAAUUUCCAUGCAUAACAGACAUCAACACAACUCUGUUUUAUAAAAUCUUCUUCUUUAUUAAUGUCUCUUCCGCCUAAAAAUUCUUCUUUGUUUCAAGAGGAUAAAACAGAGAGAUUCAAAAACAGAGAACCUCUCGUUAGGUUUAAGAAAAUCAUGGAAAUGGUGAGAGCGUGUGAGAAAGAUCAAGAGAGCUACAAGUCGAGAUUGUUCGAUUUAGAGAACGCCAAGGAGAAGAAGAAGUCAUCGUCAAGGCACUACAAGAGAUGGAACUCAGAUUCCGCCUUGAGGAUUGAUGAUCCAGACAUUGAUGAUGGCACUGUUUUCAGGAAAACAGCUGCCUCAAGCGUCCUCCUCAUGCCGGUGUUACAGCCUCUGGAUAAGGAUGAGUCACCUCAGCCGCGUGAAGUAACUGACGAAGAAUUGCAGGAAGAUUUAGGCAAGAGAUCAAACACUUGGUUCGUGGGACACUUAUGUCUAGGUUUCAUUGGAAAAUAAGUUAUCUUUCGGUUUCGUGGAUUUCAAUCUAAGACAUGUUAUUUUGAUUAUACAGAAAAGGAGCAGAUGAAAGAGAAGUUUGCGAAAUUGCUUUUAGGGGAAGACAUGUCAGGAGGAAGCAAAGGUGUUUGUUCAGCUUUGGCAUUAUCUAACUCGAUCACAAAUCUUUCAGCUUCUGCCUUUGGGGAACUAAGGCGUUUAGAGCCAAUCUCUGAAGAUAGAAAAGAGCUGUGGAGAAGAGAAAUCGGAUGGCUUCUCUCUGUUACUGAUCAUAUAGUUGAAUUCUCACCGACACACCAAACUAACGAGAAUGGAUCUUCCAUGGAGGUAAUGACUACAAAACAGAGAACAGAUCUUGUCUCCAACAUUCCUACUCUUAAGAAACUUGAUGCAAUGCUCAUCGAUUGUCUUGAUAAAUUUAAAGAUCAGGAUGAGUUCUGUUAUGCCACGAUCGAUUCUCCAGAAUAUGAAAACAGUAGCUCGACCAGGAAUGACGAUAAAUGGUGGCUCCCAAUGGUCAAAGUUCCACCUAAAGGCUUAUCUGAAAAGUCAAAAAGGUUUCUACUGAGUCAGGAAGAAUGUGUGAGCCAAGUGCUUAAAUACGCAAUGGCCAUAAAUGCUGAAGCUCUAUCUGAAAUGGAGAUCCCUGAGAGCUACAUUGAUUCACUUCCUAAGAAUGGGAGAGCCAGUCUUGGAGACAUGAUCUACAAGAUGAUAACACAAGACAUGUUUGAUGCAGAGCAGUUCCUUCUUGAAAUGGAUUUAUCAUCUGAGCACAAGAUAAUUGAUUUAAAGAACAAAUUCGAAGCUUCGGGUGUGAUAUGGAAGAGAAAGAUAGUGCAGAAAGACAACAAAUCGUCGUCUCCAUGGAGUACAAAUUUAAGUAUGGAGAAGAGACAACAGUUAGAAGAAAGAGCAGAAACCAUCUUGCAUUUUAUCAAACAAGAAUUCCCAGGGAUCUCUCAAUCCACACUUGACAUCAGCAAGAUUCAAUUCAACAAAGAUAUAGGAUUAGCAAUACUGGAGAGUUACUCAAGAGUUCUUGAGAGCUUGGCGCACACAAUAAGGUCAAGAAUAGAAGAUGUUCUUGAAGCUGAUCAGCUAACGCAAGACCCUGAACUCGCGGUUUGUAAGAGAUAUAUAGUGAAGGAAACAGACAGUCCAAAGAAGGGAGAAGCUCAAAACUUUUGUCUUUUAGAGGAGAGACCAAAAAAGCAGAAGGCUACCAUAUCACUGUCUCAGGUAAUGCAAUGGAAUAUCGAAACUACUAUACCAAUAAAGAAAGUAAAGAGCGAGGCAGCAUUAAAAGAUUCAGGCAAGAAACUGUUAACCAGAGUGUCAAGCAUGAUCAUGGCUAACAACAAGAAGGCUACUUUUUAUCUUGAAUCUUUUGGAAACACAAGAAGUCCAACCGCAGGGCGAUACUCUUGAGAACAAAAAAAAAAUCUUUU